AUGGAUCUGGAUUCAACACGCCAAACCGAGAAACCUGCUGCUCUAACUUAUGAAAGCACUGAUGAAGAAAAGGCUUUUCAUAAGGCUUGGGAAAAGUCUAAUAGACUGAGCUUUAUGCUGAUGCGAAUGACUAUAGCAAACAACAUAAAGACUACACUUCCGAAAGCUGAAAUUGCAAAGAAAUUCUUGAAGAACAUUGAGGAUCGUUUCAAGAGAGCUGACAAGUCUCUUGCAGGGACAUUAAUUGCUGAACUUACCACCAAGAAAUCUAAUGGUAGAAGAAGCAUGCAUAAGCAUGUUGUUGAAAUGACUAAUCUGGCAGCAAAGUUGAAGGCCUUGGGAAUGAAUGUGGAUGUGUUCUUUCUUGUUCAAUUUAUUUUGAACUCAUUGCCUCCUCAGUAUGAGGCAUUUCAGAUUAACUAUAACACUAUUAAGGAUAAGUGGAAUGUUAAUGAAUUGUCCAGUAUGCUUGUUCAAGAGGAAGAAAGGCUUAAGCAACAAGAACAAAAUUCCAUUCAUCUUGUAGGUCAUGGAGCUGAAAGAAAACUUGGAAAAAAAAACCUGGAAAGGGUGCUAAGAAAGGACCACCAAAGAACAAUGGACCUGCUGAUGCUGCUCAGGUUCCUAAUAAGGGACUGA